AUGACAGUUUGGUAAGUAUUUGUGUGUAUGCACAUGUGUUUAUAUGCGUUUGUGCUCAUUUAUGUCCUUUUCCAUAUGUGUGCGCUGUUUGAACGCCAGCGUGUGUAGCUGCCUCCUCUCCUGCCUGUCUGUCUAUGAAGUGUGCACUUGGAGAGGAUGGGGAUGCAGUUGCCAUGACAAUGGGGCUGUGUAUUCAGGAGUGCAGGCAGAGCUGCUAUUGGAGGAACCAAGCGAAGCGGGCGGGUGAAAUGCUGGAGCGAACCUGUCAGCCAGCAUCCCCCAUUCACUUCCACUCGGUAGAUCAGGAAGGUGAUAGAGACGCUUGGCUCUCAUCAAGGCUUCCAACCAUCUUCCACAAAACAUUUGAUUAAAGGCAAGGACCACCUGAAACCCACCACCUCAGAUCCAGCAUGGCCACCAUUACCUGCACCCGCUUCACUGAGGAAUUCCAGAUGUUUGAGGAACUGGGCAAGGGAGCUUUUUCUGUGGUACGCAGAUGCCUCAAGGUCCUCUCAGGGCAAGAGUAUGCUGCUAAGAUCAUCAACACCAAGAAGCUCUCUGCCAGGGAUCACCAGAAGCUGGACAGAGAGGCCAGGAUCUGCCGAUUGCUGAAGCACUCAAACAUCGUGCGUCUCCAUGACAGCAUCUCAGAGGAGGGGCAUCACUACCUGAUCUUUGACCUAGUGACAGGCGGGGAGCUCUUUGAAGACAUUGUUGCUCGAGAGUACUACAGCGAGGCCGACGCCAGCCAUUGUAUUCAGCAGAUUCUGGAGGCAGUGCUUCAUUGUCAUCAGAUGGGAGUCGUUCACAGAGACCUCAAGCCUGAGAACCUUCUGCUUGCCUCCAAGUCCAAGGGUGCUGCAGUGAAGCUGGCAGACUUCGGCCUGGCCAUCGAGGUUGAGGGGGAACAACAAGCCUGGUUCGGCUUUGCAGGGACACCUGGCUACCUGUCUCCUGAGGUCCUGAGGAAGGACCCAUAUGGCAAAGCUGUGGACCUGUGGGCUUGUGGUGUGAUCCUGUACAUCUUGCUGGUGGGCUACCCUCCGUUCUGGGAUGAGGACCAGCACAGACUGUACCAGCAGAUCAAGGCUGGGGCCUACGAUUUCCCCUCGCCUGAGUGGGACACUGUUACUCCAGAGGCGAAGGAUCUCAUUAACAAGAUGUUGACGAUCAACCCUGCCAAGCGCAUCACAGCCUCUGAGGUCCUCAAGCACCCGUGGAUCUCACACCGCUCCACUGUGGCCUCCUGCAUGCACAGACAGGAGACGGUGGAAUGCCUGAAAAAGUUCAACGCCAGAAGAAAGCUGAAGGGUGCCAUUCUCACCACCAUGUUGGCGACCCGAAACUUCUCCGGAGGUAACAAGGCCAACAAGAAGACGGAUGGUGUGAAGAAAAGGAAGUCCAGUUCCAGCGUCCAGCUGAUGGAAUCCUCAGAAAGCACCAACACCACUAUUGAGGAUGAAGACACCAGAGUGAGGAAACAGGAGAUCAUUAAGGUGACAGAGCAACUUAUAGAAGCCAUCAGCAAUGGAGACUUCGAGAGCUAUACGAAGAUGUGUGACCCCAGCGUGACAGCGUUUGAGCCAGAGGCUCUGGGUAACCUGGUGGAGGGCCUGGACUUCCACCGCUUUUACUUUGAGAACUUGUGGUCUAAGAACAGUAAGCCUGUCCACACCACCAUCCUGAACCCCCACAUCCACCUGAUCGGGGAGGAAGCUGCCUGCAUCGCCUACAUCCGCAUCACCCAAUACAUCGACACCAACGGCAUGCCCCGCACCGCCCAGUCAGAGGAGACACGCAUCUGGCACCGCCGCGACGGCAAGUGGCAGAUAGUCCACUUCCACCGCUCUGGAUCACCCUCCGCCAUCACCAACUGAGCUCCAGAGGCGGGAGGGUUUGAGUGAGACAUCUCUCUGAGGGACACAGGAGGGUGACCAGCUGGCUGCAUGGGGACACAGAGGGAUGCCCACCGACCGGCCUGAGGAAACACGAGCCCGCUGCAUCUCAUCUCUUUACUUGAAAUCAGAUUACUCCUCUCAACGCUGUCUGUCACAAGCCAAUCGCAUAAAUGUCACACCGUGUCAGGCUCUCAUGUAUGUAUAUAUGCUGUGCGUUUCAGGACCAUCUCGGCGCUUGUCAUUCGGUCUCUGCUCUGACUUAGAUUUUUCUUUUCUUGUCAUGUUUCAUUGGCAGAGGCACAAUUAGUACAAAUGGAUGUACGAGUGGGGUUGAAUCUCUAAAGCACUUGCCGUAAUCGCCGCCUAGAUCUUUUUUUUUACACGUGACUUGGCCUUUUCAAUGCAGUUGCACUUACACCAUACCGUUACACACCGCCACGCCAUCCUCUGAACCCGGACUUGCAGGCUAUGAUAGAAACAUUGACGACGUACCAUGUGUCACCGAACCAAAAUAUCUACUGUACAUGUUUGUUUAAUUUGACAUGGAUUGGAUUAUGAGAAGUGGGCAAGCAUUCGGGGACAGUGAAAUGUUCCUUUUGAUUAUGGGUCUUAUGGUGUAUUCCACAGUUGAUAAUCCACCACCCCAUGAUCAUGGUGCCUCGAGCACAUUUAGCGUAGACAACAGAGGAAAGCGUACUUUCCCCUCACAGGUUUAAAUGAUUGAAUGGUGGACCACUGGUCUGAAUAACCACUCACCUCAUGUGAUUAUAUGACUAGGGCAACAAACGGCCAUUUCUGGGCUUCAAUACUAUACACAAAUACAUCUUUAUAUCUACAGAAACAGCUAUAUUUAACAUGGGUAGGGUACUGUAGGUGAAAGUAAUAUUAAAGCGCUUCUUUAGGUUUUUCCAAUGAGGACUGUGGGUGUACAGAUCUUCCCUACCUAUUAGUGUUAUCAAUACAAACCCUCUUGCUUGUUAGAGCAGUUUAACUUACUUGCAACAGAUAGUGUAAAGUAACAGUAUUCUGCCGACUACAGUUUAAAGUAAGAAGCAAUUUGCAAAAGACCACUAACACUACCCCAGGAUUUUCUGCAAUAAGUCAGAUUGGUAAAAAUAAAAUAAAAACUGAAUAGAGUGUUCUGAUUAAGAUUUGGUGUGGAUUUUAAAAUGGUAAUGAUUUUAAUUAAGUGACUGUGUUUUAUCGAUGUGUUCCAUUCCUUCUGUUUCUUUCCUCUCCAGUGGUAGCAUCACAUUAUAUUGCAUGCAAGUGUAAAAUGAGCGUUGGUUCUCUCUGCUUGGGCUUGUAGUCCUCAAAAUGUGUUAAAUGUGACAUUUCAGAUGCACUCUGAGAUUUUACCAGUGUUUUAUCUUUUUACUGUCAGAAGAAUGUAAAUACUGGACAAAUUAGACAAUUAUAUCACCUCUAUAAGCUACAGUAUAUGGUUCCCUGUGUGCUAACAAUGAAUUCCUCACAGAAUGUUUGAUUGUGCUGUGAAAAACUGCCCGAAAGGGAUUUAGCUUUUUCUUUCUCCAAAUUUGUAUACCAUUGGCAGUUCACUAUAGGUUGAAUAUCCCACUUUGUACUGCAAAGCAAUUUCUGAACAAAUCCGCUGAAUAUGGCAAAUGUUUUCCUCAAAAUAUUUGAUAGGGAAGGAUACACCAAGAACCCCAACUGCCAAAUUCUCUGUCUUUUCUAGAACUGAUUCUACAGAAUGUAUACUUGUUUUAUACAGUAGUUUAGUCUUAUUGUGAUAAUGGCCAGGCCUACUGCCACUUUAAUACGGCAUUAGAACUUCAAUCAGACUGUUGCUCUGAUGUUGCGGUUGUUCCGCUCCUCGCACCGUUGACAGGAGCACAUUGAGAGGACCUUAUGGUACUGUAUAAGAGCACGGCUUUUUAAAAUAUUCUGGGUAAGUUACACUUUCUUUUGAGGCAUGCACGUUUGUAACGUACCGAAGUUGACGUGUGUGUGUGUUUAGACAAAUACAUUUUCUAAAGGGUCAAAGUAGUAAUUUGCCGUCGUUUUAUCAUAUCUUGUGAAUGUGGGGCUGUAAAUAAAAGGAUAUUAUAAUGUCAAA